CAAGUGUUUUGCCACUUACAUUAAAACGCUGUCUAACUUCAAGAGCGAUGCAAACGUGCAGAAUCCCUACACUGAGCUUAGUCCUGCCCACCAGAAGUUCCAGCCAAUCAAAUGAGCGCUCUUGUAUUGGCGAUGCAACCCGAUGAUAUAAAUAGUGUGGACAAGAGUGGAAAGGUAUGAUUCUUAUUCCUAACGGAGAAAAACAAUCAUAAACCGACAGCAUGGUUGUGUGGACCGACCAGGAGCGUGCCUACAUCCAGGACAUUUUCAGCAAGCUGAAUUAUGAGGACGCUGGCCCCAAAGCUUUGCAGAGGACCUUGAUUGUGUAUCCCUGGACCCAGCGGUACUUCACCAGUUUUGGAAACCUGUACAAUGCAGAGGCCAUCAUGUCCAAUUCAAAGGUGGCAGCCCACGGAGUUGUUGUGCUCCAUGGGCUUGACAGAGCCAUGAAGAAUAUGGAUGAUAUCAAGAAAACCUAUGCCGAACUCAGCGUGCUGCACUCCGAGAAACUGCACGUGGAUCCUGACAACUUUAGGCUGCUGGCUGACUGCCUGACCAUCGUGAUUGCGGCGACUAUGGGUACCUCUUUCACAGCUGAGGUGCAGGCUGCCUGGCAGAAGUUCCUCGCUGUUGUCGUCUCUGCCCUGUGCAGACAGUAUCAUUAAAUCCUCGAACAUAUGGGGGAAAACAUGUUUUGGUCUAAUGCAAUAAAGAGGAAUUGACACGCACCUGAGCCAUGCGUUUAAACUGAUCAUUGUGUAUCAUUAAAUGGAUAGUUCACCCAAAA